AUGACGCUAGAUGAAACAAAUUCACCACAAGCAGCCUCGUGCCAAAAUAUGCUAAAAAAAUCGUUAGAUCAAGCAAUGCAGCUGCAACAGGAGCUUCCCAGUAUGGCUCUGCUGACGGAUGCGGUCGAAGAAUUGAGCACAGCAGCCUCCAACACAAUCGCUUCCGUGCGAGAAUGGUCGAUGGACAAGGAAACUGGCUUGCGAUCAGCGGAAUAUCGAAAUAAUAUCUCAAAUCUGGCAGCAUGUUGUAAACCAUCAACGAGCAUGGACGACGGGGAGACAAUGGUCACUUAUGAUACCACGGAAGAGGAACAUCAUGGCAAGAUGAUACAGAGACUUGCAUCUUGGAAUACUUUGGAAACUUCUUGUCGAACUGGUAUGGAUAUCGACGAGCAACCACCUUCAGAAACUGGCGCAAAAAGGACUGUAAAGUUUGAUUAUCCUCCUGUCCAAUCCAUGUCAGAAAUUCCUAGAGUAAAUACAAAAGAUAUUCCAAAACUCUUCUUUUCGGAGGAAGAAUUGACCCAACUUCGUCGAGACAGAUUCUCAACGAUGAGAGCGGAAGAUGUGGAAGUCGUUGCCAUUCCUCCAGAAGAUUCGCUGGAAGAAGAGGAACCCUCAAUUGCUUCUAGCGCAAAUUCAAUUACCGAUUGUACGGAUUUGAAUGAUGGUUCGUCAUCAUCACCCAUCACAAGGUCCUCCGAGCUUGACCUGAACGCUGCGAUGACCGAGCCUUCAAGAAGCACCAAGUCGGAUCUUCAAGGAAACAAGAAAUGGAGUAAUGGGGCAAGCGAGGAAAAUCACCCCUCUUACAAUGUCAAGAUAUUGACGAGAUCUAUUGAUGAAUACGGCAGCAGUCCUCGUUGA